AUUUUAUUUCAAUCUCGAUCGCGGGAUUUGCCGUGGCCUAAUGCGCAACUUACAUCCAACUUACAUCCUCUUGCAAGGGGUUGUCCUCUUCCUGCUCUUCCCGCUCUUCCUGCUCCUCCUUCCUCCUCGAUUCCACUGAUACCUGCACUCGCGAUGGCGGUCACGAUGCUCAUUCAGUAUAGAGCGGACAAGGCUCGUCUGUUCAAUAUAUACCAAGAGGACGCGGAACGGUACCUAGCGGGCUUCUUGGAGACGACUUGCGGACGUUGGGGCUGCCGAUGCCACACGAAUGUGUCUUCAAGUCGUGGCGCACAGGAUUUGUCCUGUGCAAUUGGGACGCGGCGGAUGGCAGCGUGUGUUUGUUUCGCUCUAGGUAUGUCUCCGACUCUGAUCAGACCCACAGUCGUUGCACCGGCAGCUCAUCGCUGCCUUCCAAGACAUUCGCAGAUCCACGAGGUCGUUUCCGGAUCUGUUCAUGUGAGCUGUCGUACGCUACAUCACAGCAUCCUACGCUUCACACCGUCCCCUUCGUCAGUGGGAGGAUCGAACUACAUGACGGCGGAUCGCGGACGGUCGCCUCCGCGCCCUUCGCUUAUAAAAGACAGAAAAAGGCAUCUGCGCACACACGCGAUGUGCCUGCCCCAGGCCCCGGCAAGGCCCCCACCGCGCCCAAGUCGACGCUCCUCGCGAGACAUGCGAGUUCGCCGCUGGCGCGACCAAUGGCACCGUCACACCAGUACCACACAAAUCACUUCGUUCCCAGGUUCCACGGCGAGGCUGACAGCUCCACAGAUGAACGUUCCGCCGCUCCCAAGGAAACACCUUCCGUUCAGUGCCCCAGCAUCCGGCGUGGGGUUCGCGUCCCUUCGAAAACUACAGAGUUGCCUGCGGCCACCGCUAACGGGACAACGUCCGCACGGCCACAAGGCUUCGUAGUCCCCAAGGAGUCUCCUCGACGCGGCCUCUUCCCUCCUCCCAGCGCCUCGUACGCGUUUGCGAAGAGCUCCCGCUCAAGUCCGUCGCCCUCGCGCGCGAGCCACGGGUCCUCUGCGUCGUCGAUGUUCUCGGCCAGGAGCUCGGCGACGAGCAUGUCCAGCAUCAGCACGACGGCGUCGGACGUGGGUACGCUGAUGCGCGAGGUGUGGGAUCGGCUGGAGCAGGGAAACGCGCGCCCGGGAGAGGUGCCUCUGCGUGCGCGGGAGCGGCCAUGGACUUCGGAAGGACGUGGAAUGCGUUCAGGGCUGAAGAGGACGUGGCAGCGGGAGAGAUGGAUGUGGCAAGGAAGGACGGGGGCGCUUGCCGGGAGCUGGCGCCGAGACCGCGUUGCGACGGGGCUUAGCGGGCGAAUGGGGAGACGGAGAUGGACCGUCAAUAAUUCGUGAGUCUGUGCACAUCCUAGGGUAUAGAUGACGCGUUGGACUCGUCCUAGGGUAUAAAUGCCGUCGUGCACUCGUCCUAGGUGUAGGGCGCUGGACUCGUCCUGGACACAUUGGGCGCACUUCCAGCAGGGCACACGGGCCGUAGGAUACAGCUCUCAUUGUAUUCUAACGGAUUCGGAGAGAAAUGACAUCGAUUUUCAGCUACCC